AUGGCUGCUUUGUUCAACGCAAAGCCCGUUUUGUUCCUCCUCAUUCCAUUUCUAAUGCUGCAUCGCAAUUCCGACACAUCUUUCGAAUUCCCCACUUUUUCAGGGCCAUAUUCAAAAACCCUUUUAACCUUCCAAGGCGAUGCCUCUUUAUCAAAGGGUGUCAUACACCUAACAAAGAUCCAAGACGGUAUAGUGGUGCCCAAAAGUGCUGGAAGAGCCACCUAUGCUCUCCCCGUGCGUCUUUGGGAUGCACAAACUGGUAAGGUUGCAAGCUUCACCACCACCUUCUCUUUUAACAUGUCCUUUGGUCGAAACACUGCAGAUGGAAUCUCUUUCUUCCUUGCACCAUUCGAAUCUACCCUGCCCGUAAAUUCAUUUGGUGGAUACCUCGGACUCUUCGAUCACCGCUUUGCUUUAAGAAACACCGACCACAACCAAAUAGUUGCAGUUGAAUUCGACAUGCACCAAAAUGCCUGGGACCCUGGUUUCCCCCACGUAGGCAUUGAUGUUAACUCCAUUUCUUCGGUGGCAACAUCGCAAUGGAAAAAUGAUUAUGGGGUGUUAACAGCAGUUGUGACCGUAACCUACGACGCUGUGUCACAAAGUUUGAAAGUGGUUGUAGUGAACGGACCAACUAUUAGCCAUGUGAUUGACUUGAAGACGGUUCUGCCGGAAUGGGUCAGCGUUGGGUUCUCCGGCGCCACGGGACUGCUGACUGAAGUGCACCAGAUUCAAUCUUGGACUUUCAGUUCCAGCUUCGAUUAG